UGGUUUUCCCCCUCUUGCCCGCCCGCCUGUACACACCCAACACCGGCAUAUCCUGCCGCAUCGACCAUCGAUCCAGCCACCUCAUCCCCUGUUGCAGCGUUGCAGCAGCCAGGCAACCGACCGACAAGGACGACACUUCCUCCGCUUCUCUUUUCCCUCAUCACCUUCUUCUGGUCCAUUUUCCUCCGUGCACACACUGGCUCACAGUCCCGUAGUCGGCCCACACCGCCCCGAGCAAGAAGAGAAGUGGCCGUCCCCUUGUGAUCCCCUUUCGUUCCUCAGCACGAGUCUCACAGCUUCUGAAGCACAUCCAACCAACGUUCUUUGUCUUCAAAUACUCCCCCUUUCCGACAUGGGCUUUGGCAAGGAAGCUCGCAUCAUCACCUUGUUGGUGAUCGAUGUCGUCUUCUUCCUCGUGGAAAUUAUCGUGGGCUAUUCGGUAGGGUCGUUGGCUCUGGUCGCCGAUUCCUUCCACAUGCUCAACGAUGUGAUGAGUUUGGUUGUCGCCUUGUACGCCCUGAGACUCUCUACGCGCGAUCACGCCAAGGACCCGAGAUACUCUUAUGGGUGGCAGCGGGCCGAGAUAUUAGGCGCGCUCGUCAAUGGUGUCUUCCUCUUGGCGUUGUGCUUCAGCAUCUUCAUGGAGGCCAUCGAGCGAGCUGUCAACAUCACCGAGGUCUCCAACCCCAAGCUCGUGGUGAUUGUUGGAUCCUUGGGACUGGCCUCAAACAUUGUUGGACUAUUCCUGUUCCACGAUCACGGCCACUCGCAUGGUGGGCAUUCCCAUGGACACUCCCACGGUACCAAGGCCCUACCCUCAUCCACCAGCGGAGCAGGUUCUACUGCGGCCGACAACAUCGAGGAGCGUGCGGAAUCGGAAGCCUCGGCGGCUACCGUGGUCGCUUCACCUUCUGCUAAUGGACGUAGGCGCCAGGACAGCGUGUCAUCGCUCUUUGGUCACCCUGCGACCACUAGAGCCUAUGUGGUGAAAGCUGCGCAGGAGCUGGGCUAUGAGCAGCCGGCGCGGGGAGAGAGGGAGCGUCUGAAUACUAAUGCCGCGACCGGUUCGUCCACCGGCUACGGCUCAACAGUCCAUGCUCACGACAUCGAAAGCGGCCACGCCGCCAACGCCACCAAGAAAGGCCGAAGCUGGCUUGGUCAGAAGAGCAAAGCUCACGCGCAUGCUCACGACGAGGAUGGCAACGAGCACAGUCAAGAGCAUGGACACAGUCACGACCACAGUGACGAAGAGCAUGGGCAUUCGCACAAUCACGGCGGAGACGGCGGCCACUCGCACGGUGGCCAUGGCCACUCGCACGGUGGCCAUAGCCACUCUCACGGAUCGAUGAACAUGCAGGGCGUCUUCCUACACGUGCUUGGGGAUGCUCUUGGAAACGUGGGGGUCAUCGCAUCAGGAUUGUUCAUUCUGUUGACGACAUACUCUUGGCGGUUCUACACCGACCCCGCAAUCAGCUUCUUGAUCACCAUCAUCAUCUUCCACAGUGCCCUGCCACUGGUCAAGUCUGCCAGCUUCAUCUUGUUGCAAGGCGUGCCUCCCUCCGUACCCUUGGACGACGUGCGGGCUCAGCUGGUCGAGACCCCGGGGGUUCUGAGCAUUCACGAGCUUCACGUGUGGCAAUUGUCAGAAUCUACCAUCAUUGCCAGCAUGCACGUUCUGGUGGACUGCGGACCAGGACAAGACGAGCGGUACAUGCAAAUCGCUCAGGAGCUCCGAACGAUUCUGCACAGCUGGGGAGUGCAUGCCGCCACCAUUCAGCCGGAAUUUGUUCGGGGAGGGCUCAAGACGGCUGCAAGGAUGAGCGGAGUCAACGUUGCCCCCGAGGAGACGGAUGCGCAAGGCCGACUUAUUACAGAGGAAGGAACAUUGGUGGAGAGCGAACUGGUGAGUGCAUCGUCGAGCCCUGCUGCCGCUCUAGCAUGACGGCGACGGGAUGCUGACCUUCUGCUAACAUCGUUCCGAACGCGAUCAGUCGCGCAAUGAGACAGCAUGCCUCAUCACCUGUGGACCAGACGCGUCCUGUGCUGGUGAUUCUUGCUGCCCACCACCUCGC